AUGACAUCUCCCACUGUCGACAAAACCUCCCUGGACCUUAAGGCGAGCGCUUUUGCGCCGGCAGACGCAAUGGCGGUAGACACUGAGGCAAACGGCGUUCACGAUGUGCUCUUCGACGACCCAGAACCAAAGACAACCCUCAACGAAACCGCGCAAUCAAAACCAACCACCAACGGCAAUCACGUAGAUAUGGAUGCAUCAGCGCCUGCAGUCGAGCCCGCCAUCGAGCCCACUACCAACGUCUCUGCUGGAAUCGACGGUGUCGCACAGUUUCUGCCUGACAGCCAACAAGACAACAACUCCUUGUUUGGUGACGAGGAUACUGGUGCCACGGUUACCAACGCCGUAGAAGCGCCAAUUUCAGACGUGCGCGACGAACCCGCAACUGCCGAAGAGCUUUCCUCAGCGACCCAGGCAACAGCCGCUAGUACCCAAGAAGUACCCGAGACGCAGAUUGUCGCCAAAGAGGAAGCGCCAGCUGAAGACAGCAUGGAUACCACCGCCGAUGCACCGGCCGAGUCGAAACCUACAGAGUCAUCCGGAGCACCUACAAAGCCAAUGCACGACCUAACAAUCAAGACCGACAGCGAUGCGGCUACUGCGCCCCCAUCUGUUGCUGCUCAGUCUCCAGCUAUUGUAGAUCGUGAGAUGGAAGAUGCUCCGUCCUCGGGCAAAGUCCGUCCCCGCGAGGAUGAUGAUGACGAUAUUCCCGACGCGAAGCGCACAAAGACCGAAGAAGAGACGAGUGCUCAGACCGACUUCAAGCUCCCCGAAUUGCCCAAUCAAACGGAGCAACCCAGCACAAAUGGCGGUACUCCAGGGCCGGCUUCCGACUCUGCACACGAGGCAUCAGGUGUUCACAGGGCUGUUGAUUGGGAAGAAUGGCCAACCACUCCGAUGACGGACGCACAGAACAAGUUUCUUCUUGAGCGGAUAAGGAACACGAAGAAGAUCAAGGUUUCGAUAGCGUUCAAGGAUCCUGUUGACCCCAUAGCCCUCAACAUUCCUACUUACCCUGACAUUGUCAAGAACCCCAUGGACUUGACUACUAUGGAACACAAGUUGAAGGACAAGAAGUACACUUACGUAAGGGAUUUCAUGGCAGACCUCGAUCAGAUGAUUACCAACAGCGAGCUUUUCAACAACAAGCAACAUCCUGUAACUCAAGCAGGAUAUAACCUCCGCGCUUACUUCUUGAAAGGCAUGGGUAAAAUGCCCCGAGGUGCUGCUGCUGAAGAGCCACCUAAGCCGGCAAAGGCAAAGAAGCCAUCAGUAAACACUUCGUCAAAGGCUCGACGUGAGUCUCGUGUUGCACCGCCUAAUGUCAAAUCUCCUGCCGUCGCUACUCCUGCAGCAACCUCACCUCAGGCUGCCUGGCCUCUGCAGCAAGACGGCACGCCGUUGAUUCGACGUGAUUCGUCUACUACAGACGGUCGUCCAAAGCGAGAGAUUCAUAGGCCUUCGAAGGAUUUGCCUUACACCAACGCAAAGCCGAGAAGGAAGAAGUUUGCGCAAGAACUCAAGUUCUGCGAGUCUGUGCUUACCGAGCUCAUGAAGCCAAAGUACAGUGCAGUUACUUACCCGUUCAUUGCUCCGGUAGAUCCUGUGGCGCUCAACAUUCCGUCCUAUCUCAAGAUCAUCAAGAAACCAAUGGACUUUGGUACGAUUGAGAAGAAUCUGAAGAAUGGCGUUUACCAAAGUGCCAAGGAUUUCUACGCGGAUGCGCAGCUCGUUUUCCAGAAUUGCUACAAGUUCAAUCCUGAAGGUGACGCCGUCAACCAGAUGGGGCACAAGAUGGAGGAUCUGUUUGAGAGCCUGUGGAAGGAGAAGGCCGACUGGCUUGCCCAGCAUGCGCCUGCUCCUGAACACUCGCCCAGCGACCUCUACUCUGACGAAGAUGAUGAGGAAGAUGAAGACGAGGAGGAGAUAGACCCUGCUCAGGCUCAGUUUCUUGCAAUCCAGCAACAGAUCGCACAACUGAACGCCACAGCGCAACAACUUCUGCAGCAGCAAACUGGUGGCAAACGUGCCUCACCCAAAUUGCCUGGCAAGAAGAAGAAGGCCGCCGUGCCACCAACAAAGCGGAAGAGUCUUCCACUUGCGGUGCCACCGCCUGCGAAGCCUAUCAAGACUGCACCGGUUAAGAAGGUUAAGGCUCCUGCGCCUCUGAGUUUCGCCCAGAAACAGGAGAUCUCAGAGGGCAUCAGUACGCUUGGUGACCUUGAUAUGCGUAAGGCAGUCCAAAUCAUCAGAAAUGGCUGUCCACACCUUGCGACCGUGAACGAUGACGAAAUGGAGCUCGAUAUGGACGAGAUCAACGAUGAUACGCUCCGGGAGUUGUUGAGGUUCAUCAAGUCUCUGCGCGGUCCCAAGGGAGGUGCCGUAGCCGAUGAUGAUUUUGAGCCACCUAGGCAGGUGACGAAGCAAGCUGCGGCUCGACCGAAGAAGAAUAAGCCUAUGGGCAAGAGUGAACAGGAGGAUAACAUGCGCAAGAUCCAGGAGAAACUGCAGUCGUUCCAGGGUGGUGCGUCGGGAUCCAGCCAGUCUCCGCCUGUGCAUGAUGCAUCCAGCGACGACGACGAGUCCAGCGGCUCCGAGAGCGAGGAAGAGUAA